GCUCUUUACAAGUAGAUUUUAGACUGAUUUCAUCAAUAAAAUUUUAAUCCAGCUCAUCCUUGUUUACGAAGAAUCAAUAGGCUGAACCCUCUAGACAAUUCCUAUAGGAAAUGAAGAACACAAAGAAAUAGAGAAAAGACUUAGUCUAUCAAAAAUGGAAUCAAAUAAUGAAAACUUAAAUGAAAGUUCUGUAGAGGAAGGAAAUGAAGACUUAAAAUCAAAGGUAUUUCUCUGCUUAAAUCAUCCUCGCUUAUAGAUUCCUGAGCUGACUUCUAAAUAAAUUCAUAAGGGAUUCAGGAGGUUCCAGAGACCAACUUUGGUUUAUCCCUUACAACUAUAAAGAUAUGUCUAACCUAAGUAUCCCUUCAACAUUGUCAUUUCCUCUGAUCGAUGUUGACACUAAUGAUGAAAAUAUUUUGAUAUUAGAUCAUUCCCAGACUUUAUGGGAUUUCAAAGAUAUUAUAAGCAGUGAAAUUCAGAUCAAAAAGGUUAUCGAUCAAAAAGUGCGAAACUUUAAAUGUUGGGGUGAUAAAGUUAUUAUUUACAUUGAGAAUAACGAGUUAUUACAAGUCUCACUUGAUACCUUCGAAUGAUCACCUAUUAAGCCAGGUUUUUGCAUUUCUGUCAACCAAAUUGCAUGUGGUCAAGAUCAUUGAUUGAUAGUAACCAGGUCAGGCUAUGUCUAUUCAUAUGGAAGCGGUGAGUUUGGCCAACUUGGGAAUGAUAAUGAUCAUGAUCAAAGUGAGCCUAAUUUAAUCCUAAAUUUGAGUAAUUGAAGAGUUUCAAAAAUUGCAUGCACAGAUCACGCCUCAUUCGCAGUGGCAAGAGCUAAAGAUUUUAAGCUCUUGCUUCAAAAUUCAAAAUGAGAUAUCGUGAACCUCUUUGCAUUUUCAGAGCCAGAUAAGGAUAUCCUAUUUUCUUGGGGAAGAGGAGCACAUGGCUGUCUUGCCACUGGAGAUUGAAAAGACAGAUUAACUCCAACCAUUACCGAUGUGACUAUCAGCAGUAAUAUAAAAGAUAUUCAAACAGGGUCAAAUCACUGUGUUGUUCUCUUGGAAGACGACUGAGUUUACUCCUGGGGCUCUAACUCUCAUGGCCAACUUGGAAGAUCAAUGUACGUUGAGAAAGAAUCUACUUCAAGGAAAGUUCCAAACUUAGAGAGAGUGAAUGAAAUAUUCGCUUCAAAUGAAAGCAGUGGUUGCAGACUUAUAGAGGAUGAUAAACUCUUCGUUUGGGGAAAACUUGACUCUAAAGAAGAAGUUUGUGAAUAUGAGCCAAUUGAAAGAAAGAAGUGGAAAGAAGUUGAAAAUCACAAGUUUAUCUACACCGGGUUCUAUGAUUGACAUUUAUUAACAGCUACUUCUAAGAUAGGGAAAAUGCUAUCGGGGGAUUUUCUUAGAAAGGCAGCUAAGUCAGCUUCCCCAAGACCUUCUCCAUCUAAGGAUGAUUCUAUAAAUAACGAGAAUACUCUUGACUUUAUAAAUCUAUCAUUGAACAAGGCUGAUCAGAGACGGAAGAUAGCGUACCAUCCUGAAGGCAUUCCGAAAAGCUUUGAAGAAGAAAAGCGUCAUAGAGAGUUAGUCUAUCAGACCAAGAAGAAAUACAUUGAAAGUUUAAAAUAAAGUCGAAGAGCAAAAGAAUGCUUCUAAAAAUACAGGUGGAUCGCUCAAGGAUCAAAUUAGGAGGGAAAGAGAUGAUAAACUAGUCAUUUGGGAGAAAGUUUUUGAACAAAGUCUUCCAAAUUUCGAUAAUAUUAUUAGAAAUAUGAAUCAUGGACCAUCCAACAACUCUUUAAAGGGAGAACACAUCACAAAAUCAGGAAGUGAUGCAGAGGAAUUCAGAAAGUUCUGGAUCCAAGGUGUUCCAGAGAAAAUCAGAGCAAAGGUAUGGGCAAGAGUAACAGGGAAUCCAAGCUUCAUAACUCCUAAAUUCUUCGAAAUUCUGUGGAAAAGAGGUAUGAGACUGAAAGAGUCCCUUGAGAGGCAAGAGUUGAUCAAUAAUUCUGAUAUACCCAAUCAGUCUAGCGAUCAAGAGGACCCUGAGAAGCCUAAAGUCACUGAAGAAACAGUAGAAGGGAUCAAAAAUGAUCUCAUCAAUCUAAAUAAAGACAUAGAGGUAACUAAAGAAAAGAUAGAGGAGCUUAACCAGCUAAUUGAGAACUCUAAAGAUGCAGAGAACAUCGUGCCCGAAUCAGACCCUAAGCCUCAGCUAGAUAAGAUGUCUGAGAAAUUAACCUCUCUGAUCAGGCAAAGAGCAGAUCUUUCUAUUUAAACUUGAUGUAGCUAUGAAAGAACUUCCCCCUGCAGAGGCAGGGCUGACAAAGGAGCAUUCGUUAAAGACUAUUAACGGAGAUAUUCCUCGGACUUUUAGUAAGGAACAUGUCUUCAAGAGUGAGGUUUUCUCGAAAACAAUGAACAAGGUUCUCACUGCGUAUGCUAUGUAUAGGCCUGACAUUGGAUAUGUACAAGGGAUGAGCUAUAUUUUGGGAAUUAUAUGCUUGCUUUCUUCUAAUGAAUAUGAAGCAUUCUUACUUUUCCAUAAUAUUGUGAUGAAAGCCAACCUCCUCCCAUUUUUCUCUUUUGAUGAUGUGUAUAUGAAACAGAGAAUUGUGAUCUUCAAGCAAAUCUUUGGAUAUAAUUGCCAAGACUUGUGUUUUCAUUUUGAAGAUGAAGGAAUACAACCAAGUCUUUACUUAUACCAAUGGUUCAUGUCACUAUUCGCUAAAGCACUUAACAUGGACAUUACUUGAAGGAUAUGGGAUUUAUUGCUUAUUGAUGGAGUUCAGAUUCUCUACAAAACAUCAAUAGCUCUGCUCGUAACUCUUCAGGAAGACCUAAUCGAAAGUGAAUUUGAUGAAAUAAUGCAGAUCCUCAGAAACACCAGCAAGAAGAUCACAGAUGAGGACGAAUUUGUGGAAACAGUCCUACAGGUGUCUAUCCCAGAAUGGAUAGAUGUAGAAAUUACUUUUAACUGCUAA